AUGGCUCCAUCGAUGUUCACUCGACCCACCAUACCUCCUCAAGAACCUCGCCAAUCGACUCUAUCACAUCGACAAAAACUGAAAUCAAUUUCAUCCUUCUUCCCGUCAUUCGCCCAUGCAGCUUCAAAACAGAUGGAUGAGUCUCACGUUAUUCCUUAUCGUCAACCCGACUCAUCGAGCCAACAGAAUGUUUUCGAUGGUUUACCAAAAAUCAAGAAUAACAGUAAUAUAUCGUUACCCCUUCGAUCGUCUCAACAGACCAUUUCUCCCAGUCAGUCAUCACCAUGUUUCAAAGUGACUUUACAAAAAACCAUUUCGAAUGGUCACGCAGUGACUUACACAAGUCAUAAUCUUCAACAACAGAUGUCUAAAGAAAUGCCAACAUUAGCUUCCGCAAUACACAUACCAGAUUCCUCCAUCUCUUCAUCUCCAAACCCCCUUUCUUCUUCGAAAGCCAGUGUGGCCGGUAUGAAGCAGAAUCAUGACGGUGUACAUCCAUUGUAUCAUCUCAAUGCGAGUUCGACUUCCCUCCUUGGAUCGUAUGUGCAGGUCAACGAAAUUAUUCAUGUUGUCAAUGUCGAUAUGCCCAGUGAAGGAGGAGUGGGUAAGAGGGAAAGAUCUAAUUCAAGGAGUAGUACAUUCAGGCAAACUACCAAAAGAAUAACUAGGAGAUUAUCAUUGGAUAAUCUCGUUCCUAAGAUUACUUCAAGGGGGAGUUUGAGGAAGAGAGAGAGAAGUGGGAGUAAGAGUAGUAUUUUGGAUGGUGGUGGAGGAAUGGCAGCAGGUAGAAGAUGGUCUUUGUUCUCUUCUACGGAUUCCAAUGUCAAUGCCAAGGCUAAUGAACCAUCUCAAGAGGCCCAGACCAAGCAAGUGAUAGGUGAACGGUCGUUCAGUAAAACCGUGAACAAACAGAGUAUGCCAGUCAGAAGAAAUUGGAGAAAUAAAUUUACAGUCAAGAAUACCUCUACAGCCCGAACAAGUGUCGGCAAGGAGAAUAUCAGUGUUGGUGUAACGAUGGGGAUGGACGAUAGACUGGAAGCUGCCAGGCAAGCUAGAGAUAGAUCAAGAGCUGAAUCAGCAGAAUAUAGAGAGAGGUACGAUGAGAGGACGAUCAAGCGGAUUCCUGUGAGAGGUAUGAGGGAUAUUUCGUCCUCCGGUUUUGGAAGUGAGAAUGAGGAUCGCUUAAAGGAGAGAGAAAGUAUGAUUAGUAUGCUUGGUGGGAGGGGUGGAAUGAGAGAAAGGGAUGGGAUUAGUGCUACGAGACUAUCUUUUGUCCACAGGCCUUCCUCCCGAGCUAGUUCUUUCGAUCCCGCUGCCACACCCAAGUCCACUUCCUCUUCCUCCAUUCCGAUCCCGUUCAUCCCAAAUGGUCCACCACCCCAACAAAGCAGUCUGGUAGAAAGUCAAACAACAACUUCUCUAGAUGCCACUUUCGACUCACCCUCACCACUUCCUAGACCAGUACAUACCCCCCUCAAUCGAUCUGCUGAACUUCGAAUCCCCUCAGCCACCGCUAAAAGGUCAGCGAUACUUUCACCUGCUCAGGACGAUCGAUCGAUUUUGGAUCCAGCCAGAUCACCUUGUCCUAUACCUGAUAUGUCGCCCAUUCUUCCGUUGAAUACGGGAUUGCAAUAUCAGAAUAUGCCACUUCCCCCUCCGCCGGUUCAAGUAAACCAGAAUAUGGUGAUUAGCGAAUCCAAGAAGAUGGAAGUGGCGGAGAACGAUCCAAUGGACAUGUCAAGUCUUGAUAAGAGCUUGGUUGAGAUUGUGAAACCUUCAAUUUCAAGUAUCGCUGCAACUAUCGCAGCUCAACCCAGUCAAACGGGUACUUUCGGCAUAUCUGACUCUGGCCAAACAUGGCGCACCGCAACUACCUCUCCACAACCAAUUUUACCUUCUUCCUCCUCGACACGGACGAUGUACACCCUCCCUCGAUCCAAAUCCAAGUCGCAUACUGAUCUAUCUUCUUACUCGUCUACUAAGAAUUUAGUGGAGCAUAUCGAAGCUACUCAAGGACCUGGAUGGUGGUCUACCGAUAAAAGGGUUAAUCGAAGGGUAUCGACUAUGACCUUGAGAUAUAAAGCUGAAGAUGAAGAUAGAGAAUUGGAGAGGUUGGAGAGAUUGGCUCAAUCGACUACUAUGCACCAUCGGCCUAAAUUUGAUGAUAUAACUCAGGAAGAGGAGAUGGUAGUCUCUCCUACGAUGAAUAGGAUGAGGGAAGAAGAUAAAUUACGGACUAGAUCUUCCCUAGAUUUGAGAUCUUCUUUCCAAUCGACGUCGACUGCAAAUGCAAGUAUAGUCAGAUCGUCGAAUGCCUUGGACAGCGAUACGAUGAGAUCAGGACAUCAUCCUAGAUCAUCAUUGAUGGCAGGAUCGAUUUGGUCUAAAGAACUUCCUCCAUCACCUAGAAGAAGUGUUUUAUCCAGGCAGACCGAGCUGGCUCAUGGGGAUAAACCAAUGAAAGUGCGACCUGCGCAAAUCCCUUUACCUCUGAGUGAACCUAGGAACAAUACGUUUAUCAGUAAUAGAAUAAGUCCCGAUAUAGCUCGAAGAGCGAGCUUUCUCUCCAAAGAUUCUUCGACGACAGAGGGUGAAUCGCCCUCGAGAUCAACUUCGAGACAGACCACUCGUACGACUUUGUCAGCGGUCUCGACAUCGACUGCUCCUACAUCCGGACAGUCUGAUGGUGAAGAACAGGAAGAGGUAUCGGGUAAAGUGGGAAUGCUUAAAAAGGAGUAUGAGGAGAAGAUUGCCCAAUUACGUACUCGACAUGCUCUGGAAAUUGAUGCUGUUCUCACUGCUUUGUCAAAUGCCAAAACCGAGAAAACAGCUCUUAAAGGAGAAGUAAUUGGUUUGCGCAAAAUGGUUGAUGAAGUUACGAAAGAGAAAGAAGGUUUGAAAGAGAAAGUUAAAAUACUCUGUAUGAGUUUACAAACCAUCGAACUUGGUAGUAUCUCUUCUACACAGGGAGGUACAAGGGACGAGAGUGGAAUCGGAAUGGGAAUGAAAAGGUCGGAAAGUGUAAUGAGUUCAUUAUUACCUGAACUUAUCUCGUCAACCAAUUUGUCAGAUCCAAUUUCACCAUUGGCAUUUCCCUCACACCUCGAUGGGUUUGGUAGGAAACAAGUGACUGUACCGCUUACGAGCGGUUCGAUAGGAAAGGAAGAAAUGAGGAAUAAAGGAAUAAUGGAUUCUUUAAGUAGAGGUCGGAAGUCGAUUGGUGGUGGUUCGUCGAGAAAUGUUAGUGGUGCGACUAGCCUGCAUACAAAUGAGAUUAAUAUCUUAUAUGAUGAUGUCGACGAGGAAGCUGGGAGACAAGCAGGAGGAGAUGGCGAUGGGUGGACAUUGAAGUUGAAAGAGUCUGAUGAGAGGUUUUUAGAUGAUUUGUAA